CUUCGUCAAUAAUUCCUAUAUAUAGGGCGUGCUUUAUCUAAAGAAAGGUUGGACAAGGAGAAGGAAUCUUGUUUCCUCAUCAUCUCAUAAUCAUGGAAAACACUACAUUUUGCUGCAUGCUUGUCGGAUCUGCUGGCGCUGGGAAGUCUUCCUUUAUCAACACGUUGAUAAAGUACGUCAAUACAACUAAGGAGUCAGGGCAGAAGAUGAAAAGCUACAUACCGACUGCAAAGUCACAAGUAAUGGGUGGACAUACCAUGACGCGAGAGCCGAUCAAAUUGACGGACGACCUGAUUAUAGUAGACAACCGUGGAUGGCACGACUGGAACAACGAAGCUGCCUUAAAAGAGCUAUCUGCUCAAAUUCAUGGCAACAGGUCAUUUGACGAUGAUGUAAAAUGGGAUGAUGAUAGCGAGUCAGCUACCGACGACGAAUCAGAAACAACACUGGCAAUUACUGAUAAAGUAGACUGCACCGCGCUCGUCUUAAACGGAAUUGGAGGAAUCGAUGCAGUUGAAAACAUCACUGAGCUCAUCGAGACAUGCCGCAAAAAUACCAAGCGGCCACCAUCUAUCGUGAUAACCCACAAAGAUGCGAUAUCGGAUGAAGAAGUCAAAAAAAUGAUCGUGUUCCUAGAAAGCGAGCAAAUCGACCAGGAAAAAAUAUUCGUCGUUAAGAACGUCACAUCGAAGGAUGAAAGUCUCGAUGAUAACACAAGGUCAUGUAUUUGUGAUUUCAUCGGAAGUUGUCGGGAUGAUGGUCAAGCCGGUGCUUCAGCUCACAGAAGAAGGGAGAAUGUGGAGGAGAAACGGGAGAAGAAAAAAGCUCUCGUGGAGCAAAAAGAGAUUGCAAGGAUCCAACAAGAGCUACAAAAGACGAAGAUAACUGAAGCUAAAGCGCGAUUAGAAAGUGAAACAGAAACUAAGAAGGAAAUGGAUAGCAUGAAAGAAGCGGCUUUAAAAAGAGAAAUAGAGAGUGCUGAAAGAUUGCAAGAUAUGUCAGAAGCAAACCGCAAAAAAAUGAAUGACCUUAGCCUAAAGAAUCAAUCAGAUUUUUACGAGCACCAAAAAAUUCUCUUGAAGGAAUUAUAUGAAGGUCGAUUAAGAAAAUAUUAAAUAUCUCAAGAAAACGAAAUCCUGAAAAAACAAUCUCCUUAUUUCCUAAAGAAAAAGCUCGUGGAUGAGCUGUUUGGGUUUUGCAGUAUAAUAUUAAUAAUAAUAAUAAUAAUAAUAAUAAUAAUAAUAAUAAUAAUAAUGUAAACUUAUAAAGCGCACUUAUCCAUUCUAAAAGACUCCUCAAGGCGCUCUUGUACAACAUCAAAAUAUUUAUACAAUAUUAAAACUACGACAUAA